UAACUAUAUUGUUCCCCUUGAAACCAGAAGCAUGUUACUCUGCAAAGCAAUGCUAGGUGGUUGCCAAAUGAACAUGCCACGUCCCGUUUACCACCGCUCUUCUCUUGUUGCCAUGUGUAGCACUUCGACACGCAACCUUCCCUUCCCACCUCCAUUACAACCUAUUUAAUCCUCUUCCGCCAGUAGCAACACCCAACUUCAAGGAACCUGUUGAAUCCACCAAUACAAUAUCUGUAAAUUUGCGUGAAAACACCACCAACCAGAGAAAAUGAGCCAGGAGCAACCAAGGCGCACUCAACCAGGGCAAGACCCAAUCAAAUACGGCGACGUUUUCCCCGUCUCCGGUGACCUCGCACAGAAGCCAGUCGCUCCCGAAGAUGCCGCCAUGAUGCAGAGCGCCGAGACCAGAGUGCUAGGCCACACCCAACCCGGCGGAGCUGCCGCUGUCAUGCAAUCCGCCGCCACUCGGAACGAGCAAGCCGGCCUCGUCGGCCACCGUGAAGUCACCGACGUCACCGGUGACCGCGGCGUCACCGUCACGGAAACUCAUGUCCCUGGAAGACGCAUCAUAACCGAAACAGUCGGUGGACAGGUGGUGGGGCAGUUUGUUGAACCAACCCCGGUUCAGACCGGCCCAAUCGGCGCGGUCCGUGAGAGCGCGAUAACCAUAGGGGAGGCGCUGGAGGCGACGGCGAAGACGGUGGGAGACAAGCCGGUGGAUCAGAGUGAUGCCUCUGCGAUACAGGCGGCGGAGGUGAGAGCGACGGGGAGCAAUGAGAUACUGCCGGGUGGGUUGGCUUAUGCGCAAUCUGCGGCAGCUUAUAAUGCUGAGUGCAAGAGUGACCAGGAGAAGAUCAAGCUCGCCGACGUUCUGACUGGCGCCACCGCGAAGUUGCCCGCGGAUAAGGCGGCGACGCUGCAAGAUGCGGAAGGGGUGGCGAGUGCUGAGGUGAGGAACAAUCCGGAGGCUGGAGCCACUCCUGGUGGUGUGGCCGCUUCUGUGGCGGCAGCGGCGAGGCUCAAUGAAAAUGGAAUUAUGUGAUCGUGAUGAUGAAAUGGUCGAUAUAUAAGUGUUUUUAAUUUGUGUUUUGUGUUUGCGGAGAUGAUAAUGAUAGUAAGUAUGUGUGUAUGGUUAUUGUCUGUAACUGUAAGUGGUGUUUCUUUUUGUUUCUCUUGGUCUGCUUCUAACCAGAGUAGAGUUCUCCUUGGGUUAGUUUUAAGGGCCCAUGUAAUUAAGUUCUAUAUCGUGCUAUAUACUUUGUGUCUUGUGGUUUUCACUUGCUUAUAUAAGGGAUAAGACUUACAUUCAAAGAACAUAUA